CAGCAGCAGCAGCAGCAGCAGCAGCAGUGGUGGUGGUGCUGUAGUCUUAUUUAUGUGUAAAACACAACACUGCGAGUAUAACACACCUUUAUUAAUGUAUAUUACACCUUCACUAAUGUAUGCUCAACUGUAUAAGUCCAGUUUUGUUGCUCCUUGUUUCAUCGUCUGAAGAAUCAUAAUUAGUGUCAGCAACCAGUUUAAGACACUUAUGUAAGUGGUUGAUGUGAUACUGCAGAAACAGUGUGAACAAUAUAGAAAUGUUGAGCAUUUUGUCAUAAAUACAUCAUGAAUGUCAACAUUUGUUUCAUAAAACUCACUUCAUUAAUUCUGACAGUUAAAUUAUAUUCUCAGUAACUAGUGAACUUAAGUUUACUUACUGAAAUACUGUACUUAUAUUGAUAUAGCACUGUACAUUCAUUAUCAAUUUCCACAACCUCAACCAUCAGUGAACUUAAGUUAACUUACUAAUAUAGUCUAACUUAUAUUAAUCUAAUACUGAAUAAUAAUUAUCAACAUCUGUUGUGCUGAAGUUUAUUUCUAUUUAAAAGUUAUUUAGCUUAUUAUAUUAUUAGCUGCUUUAUAAGACCAAAUAUUUAUAUCAUAAUGAAGUCUUUAUAUACAUUCUCUUUUAAUAUUUAACCAUACUGAUUUAAAAAUCACUUAUUUUUUAAUUAUUCGUAAGUACUAACAGUACAGUUGGAUGUUAUACAUUGCCAGUUUUCCUGAAUUUUAUACUAAGGACUGUAUAGGAUUUUUUUAUCUUGACUGAGGGCAAGGUAUUGUAAUGAAUUGUGUAUUACUUUAUUUACUUCAAAUAUUGACACUUGUCAGGAUAUUGUAAUGUAUCAUAAUUAUUACUUUCUUUACAUCCAGUUUUGACUGUGACAAAAUACUGUGGUACAUCAUCUAUGUCACUUUCUUCAAAUGUUGACAAUGAACAGAUUAUUGUAAUAUAUUUUCUGUAUCACUUUUUCUUUCUUAAAUAUUUUAUCUUCACACAGUGUUUCCAUAUUAUUCAUAAUCUGGUAGAUGUCUCUCUCACCAUAUUGAUUACAUGGAAAAUAUUUUUUUAUCAUAUCUGAAUAUAUUUUUCAGUAUUAUCUUUUUCUUUUAUUGCCUUAACUUGUGCUUGCCUGUUUCUAUAAUAUUUUUUUUCACACAUGUUGAGUCUGUGUCUUGUUGUUCAUGUAUUCCCUCAUGUUUUUAAUGUGUGCUGUUAUUAAUCAUAGUAAAAACACUAUUAUUUGAGAAAGAAAAUAGUCAUAACUUAAUUGUUUACAUUGUUUACAUGAAAGUUAAAAAAUCAUAAAUUCAGUUAAUAAAUUUCUUAUAUAUUUGUACUCUCAUUGUAAAAAAGCACCUUUUAUUCUCACUGUAAAAUGGUAAGUAAUUCAGUAUCUAAAUAACUUUUCUGACAACAAACAUGAUGCAACAUACAAUAGUUUCCUCAGGAGAAAAAGCCUACCAGUGUUCAGAAUGUCUAAAGGAUUUUUCAUAUAAAUCAAGUCUAACAAAACACAUGAGAGUUCAUACACAGGAAAAACCAUAUCAUUGUUCUGAAUGUCUUAGAAACUUUUCAGUUAAAUCAGUUCUAAUACAACACAUGAGUGUUCAUACACAAGAAAAACCAUAUCAUUGUUCAGUUUGUCUUAAAGACUUUUCACGAAAAUCACAUCUAAUACAACACACGAGAGUUCAUACACAAGAAAAGCCAUAUAGAUGUUCAGAAUGUUUAAAAGACUUUACCAAUAAACCAAAUCUAGUAAAUCACAUAAGAGUUCAUACACGAGAGAAACCAUAUCAGUGUUCAGAAUGUUUAAAAGACUUUUCACAGAAAUCAAAUCUAAUAAAACACAUGAGAGUUCAUACACAAGAAAAACCGUAUCGUUGUUCAGAGUGUCUAAAAAACUUUUCGUUAAAAUCAACCCUAAUGCGACACAUGAGAGUUCAUACAAGAGAAAAACCAUAUCAGUGUACAGAAUGUCUAAAAGACUUUUCACAGAAAUCAAGUCUAAUACAUCACAUGAGAGGUCAUACACAGGAAAAACCAUAUCAAUGUUCAGAGUGUCUAAAAGGAUUUUCAGUUAAAUCAACUCUAAAUCUACACAUGAGAGUUCAUACAAAACAAAAACCAUAUCACUGUUCAGUGUGUCUGAAAGCUUUUUCACAAAAAUCAGGUCUAAUACCCCACAUGAGAGUUCAUACACAAGAAAAACCAUAUCAUUGUUCAGAGUGUGUAAAAGCCUUUUCUCAAAAAUCGGGUCUAAUGAAACAUAUGAGAGUUCACACACAAGAAAAAUCAUUUCAGUGCUCGGAGUGUGUAAAAGACUUUUCAGACAAGUCAUGUCUAAUACAGCACAUGAAUGUUCAUUCCCAAGAAAAACCAUUUCAGUGUUCAGAGUGUUUAAAAGACUUUCCUCGGAAAUCAGCCUUAAUACGACAUAUGAGAGUUCAUCAAAAGAUCAAUCAUAUCAGAGUUCAGAAUGCCUAAAAGACUUUUCUUGGAAAUUAAAUCUGAUCCAACGUUACUCUCAUACAAGAAAAUGCAUAUCAUUGUUCAAAAAGGCUUUGGAGCUUCCCUUCCCUUCCUUGGAUCAAAUUUUAUUAUCCUCCCCCUCACAUUCACUAGGUACUGUUUAACCCUUAUGGGUUUAGCUUUUCCCUAUAAAUAUACCAAUCAGUAGAGACAGAGGCGUCACUAGAGUUGGUGUUACCCUGGGCGGAAUCUCUGAUGUCACCCGGGGCAGCAUCUUUGGUGUCACCCUCAUGAAAUUCAAGGGUGGGGGGAUGGGGGGGAUAAACUCCAGUUAUGUCACUACUGCAUGACCAGUGACAAAUGUUUAGCAAUGAGAAUGUUUAAGGGCCAUAAACUGAACGGGAGAAUACUUCUCAACUUUAUUAAUGAUAAAAUAAAUAAUCGUAGUAAUAUUAAGGAAACAUAAACUCAAAUACCACUUUGAGUACAGGUAACAGAUCCUACAUUUAUUCAUCUUCAACAAUGCAAAAACAAAAACAAAAACUUGAAAAAUAAAGAAAAACACUGCAAUAUCAGAGAAACACUAGUUCCGAUUUAACCUUGAGUACAGGUAACAUCUCAGUGAAUCUGAUCUUACAUUUCCUUGCCUUCAAUUAUGCAAAAUCAUCUAUCACAUCAUCAAAAUCAAUGAUUUUUCCCUAUAUAGGCUUAUUUGUACUUUGUUAAUAUAUAAGAGGCUAUAUAGAAACAAAGGAUUCUUCUCUCAUGUUGCUGCAGCACUGUUUUGUGCAUUUGUGUCACCUUCUUUAGAGGCUCUAUGGUGUCACCCCCUAAAUGGUGUCACCUGGGGCAGCACCCCCCUUCCUUACAACGCCCGUGUAGAGAGGAACCAUAAAGUUUUUGAGAGGAUGUUUCACAUACAAUAUUUAGAAGUGCUUAUAGUAAUUACCCCCUUCAAGAUCUACUAAUGAAUGGCUCCUGAUCCCAAGAACUGGAGCUGCCUAGCACUUUCUUUGAUCAAAUGUGAAAGCUUUCAGUUUCCUAAGCACUAUUUGAUGCUUACAGGUUUCUCCAUUAAUAAAAUAAUAAUUAUAGGAUUAUUACUCCUGUGGUAGGGUCUCUAACUGGCAUCAUGACUGAAUGCUUGACCAGACAGGCUGUUAUUACUUUUAAUGGAAGCAGUUAAUAUAUGUGGUUCUUUGCAGCAUAAACAGUCAGUGAUAUUUUCCUCUUAAAGACAGUUCUAUUGGCAAUUUGUCUUAAAUGUUAAGGUGACCGCGCUUAGAAAUUUGACUUUUUUCCAGUCAUACCCCUUCAAGGAAAUGGGGGAGCUCCUUUGGCAUACCAGAAAGGCUCUUGAUCUGAGGAUUGAUCCUACAUAUUGAAUCUAAAUACCUCAACCCCUCCCCUCCUCUCUUAAUUCAUCCUCUUAAAAGGCAAUAUUUCCUCUUAGUUGCUGUAUCUAUAGUUGGACAGAUGUCAGAAGACAUUUUUUUUUAUUUAACAUGUAAAGUGAUAUGAGCUAUACUGAUUUAUAAGUUACCUGCAAGUUGAUACCUGUCUGCAGUUUGCAGCAUGGUGGGUAUAUAACAUUCUAAACCUAGUUUUGGUUGGCUCAUUUACUCUCCAGCAACCAUCAGAAAUUUAAUUUUACUAAAUCUGAUUACCUGGAGUAUUACCUGGAGAGAGUUCUGGGGGUCAACACCCCCGCGGCCCUGUCUGUGACCAGGCCUCCUGGUGGAUCAGAGCCUGAUCAACCAGGCUGUUACUGUUGGCUGCACGCAAACCAACGUACGAGCCACAGCCCGGCUGGUGUUAAUUAAUAAUAGUGUUAAUUAAUAAUAAGAGUGGUAAAUUUCAUCAGGUACCUAGUGGGAUAUAAUGUGAUCUCAUUGUUGGGAAAUUUAAUAUUAGUCUGACAGCAGUAGCUUUCAUAGAAAUAGCAUUAUCAUCAGAAGCAAUAAUUUUUGUUUGAAGCUUAGUGACUUCAUUAAUUAUUAAGAAUAUUAAUCCAACUUAACAAAUAUUAUUUACAAUGUGUGGGAUUAGUAACAUGAUAACAUAUAUAAAUGCAGGUUUAAGCUACAUAUGAUGUAACACUUAAUUCUUCUAAGUUCAAAGCCUUCAUUAAUUAUUAAAGAUUAUUAAAAUAUGUUAGUCUUAGCUAAUUAAGCUAUGUAGACUAUAGCACUUAAUUUUGUAAAGCCCAAAGAUUUCCUUAAUUAUUAAGUAAGUUUAUUCAGGUUAACGCAAAUACAGUUACAUAGAUUAUCAUACAUAGCAGCGUAUGUGUAAAGAACCUAGGAUAACUCAAAAAAGUCAGACAGAGUGACUUAUUUCCAUUGUGUUAAAUUGUGUUAGCCUAUCAUAUCUUCUUUCAACAAACUGGCUGUAUCCCACCGAGGUGGGGUGGCCCUAAAAGAAAAACGAAAGCUUCCCUUUUUAAAUUUAAUAACAUAUACAGGAGAAGAGGUUACUAGCCCCUUGCUCCCAGCAUUGUAGUCGCCUCUUAUGGCUUACUGAGGAAAAAUUCUGUUCCACUUCCCAUGGAGAUAAGUGGAAAUAAACAAGAACAAGAACUAGUAGGAAAAUAGAAGAAAAGCCAAAAGGGUGUGUAUAUAAAUGCUUGUACAUGCAUGUGUAGUGUAACCUAAGUGUAAGUAGAAGUAGCAAGAUGUACCUGAAACCUUGCAUGUUCAUGAAACAGAAAAAAGACACCAGCAAUCCUAUCAUCAUGUAAAACAAUUGCAGGUUUCCGUUCACAUUCUUUGGCACGGUGGUAGUACCUCCCUGAGUGGUUGAUGUCUACCAUCAUAAUACAGUAACCUAAUACUAAUAUGCAUACAAUUAAUGCUGUCUGCAGAUUAUCACCACAGUGAGCAGUGCACAUAUAUGGGUUUAUGGUCUUAAUUCUGUGAAGCUCAUAGACUUCAUUAAUUAUAGUACAAUAGUAUUUAGAAUAUUUUAUUAAUCCAUUAUUUUAGCAUAAUCACCCCUCAAGGAAGGCUCCUUGAUGUUGGUGAGGGGCUCUUGAUUUAGGGAAUUGGAUCUGUGCUCCAGUUCCCCGAAUUAAGCCUGAAUGCCUUCCACAUCCCCUCCCCCCAGGCGCUGUAUAAUCCUCCGGGUUUAGCGCUUCCCCCUUGAUUAUAAUAAUAAUUUAGCAUAAUUAAUAUCUUAUCCAGAAUUACCUUUAUGUACUAUGAAUGAAAAUCAACAUUUUUUUUCCAACCGGGAGGUUUUUGCCCAAGCCUAAAUCAAAUAUACUUCAAACACUUUACCAAUGGGACAGUUCAUGUUUUUAAUCACUUUUGGAGAGCUCACUGUUUUGAUAAAAUUAUGGUCACUAAUACAGUGAUGGCUGUCAGUAAUUAAAAAUUAUAAUGUA